AUGACCUCCACAAUCACCAGCAAGAGCAAUGGCAACAGCGUCGAACAAGGCUCUCCUCCUAAGAUGCCAAACGGUAAACGCUCGUUCAACGGCAUCAACCAUCUCAAACUAGCGACGACAGACCUCUGGAGAUGCCACGACUUCUACACCAAGAUCUUUCCCUUCACUCCUUUGCCACAGUAUAACCACUACACGCCCGAGCAUAAAUUGUUCGCCGUUAUGUUCGAGCACGCACCAACCAAGCUUAUCGUGGAGGCGCGCUAUGAGCCGAACCAGGCUGAGGUGCAAAAGGGCUGGGACCCUGUGACUUGGGGCGUGGGCACGCGCGCCGAUCUCGAGGAGUGGGAGAUGUGGCUGGAUUUCAACUCUGUGCCACAUAGUAAGAUCCUGACGGGCAUCAAGGGUUGGCUUAUGGCGUGCGAGGACCCCGACGGACGUCAUGUGAGGCUCUAUGUCGAUGACGAAGAGCAUGAGUGGUCUGACCAUCCGGACUAUGACGAAUAUUGUAGGAACCGUACGGCGAGUGAGGACAGUAUGUUCUUAAAUGCAGCAAGUCCAUGGAUAGACCCUAAUUUCAAUGACAAAGAGACCCUGAAUGUCUCAAGUGCGAGCGAGGGUUAA